AUGACGGUCGCAACGCUGCGCCGCUUGGCAAAAUGGCCCGUGAGUGGAAAGGGAACAUUAUUAGCCAAGCCACCGAACCUGCGACGCUCCAUUGAGUCGUCACGAGCUGUGCAGUCGAGUGCCUGCAAUCACUUUGUUUCCCUUAAUGAUACGACGUCAAAUCAGAUCAAUACGAAACUCCGACUAGCUGUCAAAGACAACAUCGCGACGACUGGUCUCCCAACGCAAUGCGCCUCUGGCAUACUUGGUACGCAUGCUUCACCCUUCGAGGCGACCAUUGUGAAGCAGCUCCGCGCUCGAGGCGCAAGUGUCGUCGGAAAAACAAACAUGGACGAAUUCGGUAUGGGAUCGCAUUCGACGAACUCUGCGCACGGAGCAGUCUUCAAUCCGCUUUCGAAAGGUGAACAGCUAUCCGCUGGAGGUAGUUCUGGUGGGAGCGCCGUCGCAGUGCAGCUCGGCGACGCGGACAUUGCGUUGGGCACAGAUACAGGCGGUUCGGUUAGGCUACCAGCCGCUUAUACAGGGGUGGUAGGAUACAAGCCCAGCUACGGUCUGCUGUCGAGAUUCGGGGUGGUUCCAUAUGCCAAUUCACUUGACACUGUCGGCAUCCUGGCCAACGACGUAACCGCGAUACAGGAUGUUGUCUUCAACACGGGGCUUCAUAUGGAGCACGAUCCGAAUGAUCCUACAUCAUUGAGUUCAAUGACGAGGCAACGAUGCGCCAAGGCAUUGCCCUUUCAGCUGCCCCCGAUGCACCAUGUCACAAUUGGCAUCCCGGCGGAAUAUAACAUAGAAGAACUCGACCCUACGGUUCGCGAAACUUGGGCAGCCACGGCUACAAACUUAGAAGCCCAAGGUGCUCGGAUAGUGCCUGUGUCACUUCCAUCUACCAAGGAAGCUCUCUGUGCCUACUACGUCCUCGCUCCGGCCGAAGCAUCGUCAAACUUGGCCAAAUACGACGGCGUGCGGUAUGGAGUGCGCGGUGAGAAUGGAGACGCCGCAGGCGACACACUCUACUCUGAAGCUCGUGGAUCAGGAUUCGGAGAGGAAGUAAAACGUCGCAUUCUUCUCGGCACAUACAGCUUGAGCUCGGAAGCAAUUGACAACUACUUUAUACAAGCGCAAAAGGUUCGCCGGCGUGUGCAGCAAGAUUUCGACAAGAUUUUCAGCUUCGAGAAUCCUCUCUAUGAGCCACGCCAGUUUGAUCUCAGUGACAUGUCGGCCGACCUGGAGCUUGCAGACAAACGAGGACCUGUGCAAGUCGACUUUCUUCUCUGUCCUACCGCCCCGUCAUUCCCACCCAAGCUCAAGGAUCUAGAGACAAAGAGCAGCGUUGAUGCAUAUACAAAUGAUGUUUUUACUGUACCUGCCAGCUUGGCCGGCUUGCCUGCUGUCAGUGUGCCGGUAUGGCCCGAGCAGAGUCGUUUGCCUGUUGGCAUGCAGCUGAUUGCGCAGUACUGGGAUGACCAAAGGUUGUUGAGCAUGGCAAGAAAAAUAAAGGAGGUGAUUAGCUCUUGA